AUGGCCCUAACGACUGUUCUACCCAUCGCAGGCGCCUUGCUGUGCGCCUUCUUGUUCUAUGCAUACGCCUUUGUGGGACGACGAGAGAAAGGUCUUCCUCCUGGCCCUCCUACCACAGCCAUCAUAGGUAACGCCCAUCAAAUACCCACCAAAGGAUCAUAUCUCAAGUUCACAGAAUGGGCAAAGACUUACGGCGGAAUCUUCUCCCUUAAACUCGGACCUGCAACGGCCGUCGUACUCACUGACCGUCGACUUGUGAAACAACUCAUCGACAAGAAGUCCGGCAUCUACAGUAACCGCCCUCACAGCUACGUCUCGCAUAACCUCAUCACAGGUGGCGACCACGUUCUGAUCGCACACUAUGGCAAAGUAUGGCAACGGUACCGCAAAGUCAUUCACCAACACUUCAUGGAGAGCAUCGUGAUGAAAGACCAUCUUCCUCUGCAACAAGCUGAAGCCAGCCAACUGUUGCAUGACUUCCUCAUCCAGCCUGACCAGCACAUGUGGCACCCAAAGCGAUUCACAAAUAGCAUUGCGUGCGGAACGAUCUGGGGUGUACGCAGCCCGACCGUCAACACUGAGCAUAUGCUGCGCUUGUAUAACUUGAUGGAGGACUGGUCUGUCGUGAUGGAGCCCGGCAAUACGCCACCGGUCGACAUCUUCCCCGCGUUACAUUACGUUCCAGAAGCUGUCUUUGGCAACUGGCGGACCAGAGCCAGUCACGUCGGGAAAGCGAUGAACGAUUUAUACAACGAUAUGCUCACUGGCCUGGAGAAGAGACGGGAAACCGUAGGACCCAAGUACAGUUUCAUGGACAGGGUGCUGGACCAGAAAGAUAAGCUCGACCUGACCAGACAUCAGUUGUACUUCCUUGGGGGCACCAUGAUGGAAGGGGCAAGCGACACGUCUUCGAGUAUAAUACUCGCUGCCAUUCAGGCGUUUGUCAAGUGGCCCGAAGUCAUGCGCAAGGCACAGAAGGAGAUCGACAGCGUCAUUGGUGAGGACAGAAGUCCUCUCUGGUCUGACUAUGCGAGUUUGCCCUACAUUGCAGCAACAGUGAAAGAAGCCAUGCGAUGGCGACCAGUGGUACCUUUGGCUUUCCCACAUGCUGUAGACGAAGAUGAUUGGAUCGAGGGCUACAAGAUCCCUAAGGGAUCCGUGGUCUUUAUCAAUGCUUGGGGCAUGCACCACGAUGAAAAGAAGUUCCCUAACCCCGACGUCUUUGAUCCGGAUCACUACAAGGGAAUCACCGCAUUGGCGUCGGAGCUAGCUCAAUCGUCCAACCCCGAUGACAGAGAUCAUUACGGGUACGGUUCAGGAAGACGUCUUUGUCCUGGAAUCCAUCUUGCCGAAAGAAACCUGUUCCUCGGCAUCGCCAAACUUUUGUGGGCGUUCGAGUUUGGACCCGGGAAAGAUGAGGAUGGAAACAUCGUCGAGCCGGAUGUUGACCCUCGAACGGGCUACAGUGAAGGCUUCUUAGUUUGUGCGAAGCCGUAUGCGUUGGACGUCAAGGUUCGAUCGGAGAAGAGAAAGGAAACCAUUCUUCGAGAGUAUGAGGAAGCAAAAAGGGAUGUUUUUUCUGCCUUUGAUAACUAG